AUGAAGAGUAGUGGCCAUGGAUUGUCUUGCGGGAUGCUUUUGCUCAUGAUAAUGAUGUUUGUGCCGAAAAUGGAUGCUGCAGUUUCGUCGUCUCUCAGAAUGGGCUUCUAUAGACGAUCUUGCCCAGCCGCCGAAUCUAUUGUCGCAAGAACUGUGAGAAGGGCGGUGUCUCAAAAUCCCGGCAUCGGUGCCGGGCUCAUUAGGUUGCACUUCCACGACUGUUUCGUCCGGGGUUGUGAUGGUUCGGUGCUGCUGAAAUCCCUCCCCGGCGGCCCCAAAGCGGAGAGAGACCACCCGGCCAACAAUCCCGGGUUGAGAGGGUUCAACGUCAUCUCCAAAGCCAAAAGAAGAAUCGAACGCAUCUGCCCCAACACAGUCUCAUGCGCCGACAUUCUCGCUUUCGCAGCCAGGGACAGCUCCCAGAUACUCGGACGCAUCAACUACCCUGUCCCCGCUGGCCGGCGCGACGGCCUCGUCUCCAGCUUCAACGAGGUCACACCAAACCUCCCUUCCCCGAGACUCACGGCCGACCAGCUUAUUCAAAACUUCGCCAGGAAAGGGUUGUCGGCCGACGAGAUGGUGACGCUCUCCGGUGCGCAUUCCAUCGGCAGGUCUCGCUGUUCCUCGUUCUCUGACCGGCUCUACAACUUCAACGGAACGCGUGCUCAAGACACGACCCUCGACCGGAACUACGCGGCCACUCUGAAGGCCACGUGUCCAGCGAACGGCGCCAGUGAUCCGACGGUGGCGAUGGACCCGGCAACGCCCAAUCGGCUGGACAAUACUUACUACGCGGAGCUGAGAGCGGGGCGGGGGUUGCUGACGACGGACCAGACGUUGGCGGAGAGCCCGGCGACGAGGGGCUACGUGGAUGUGAACGCCAGGUAUGGUGUGGCGUGGGCUGCAAAAUUCGGUAGGGCGAUGGUGAAGAUGGGCUCCAUUGAUGUUCUUACUGGGAACCAUGGUGAGAUUAGGAGGAGGUGCAGCAUGAUUAAUUAG